CCGGCCUCCGGCCUGGCAGGCAGGGGCCAGGUGUCCUGGAAUAAGUGCGGCCCGGGGGCAGACUGGCUGCCCGGCGGCAGGCAGAAGGUCUGCGAGCAGAUGGGGUCCGACGUGCGAGAUCUCAACGCGCUGCUGCCCUCCGUGCCCUCCCUGCCGGGCAACAGCAAUUGCGCCAUGCCGGUGAGCAGCGCGGCGCAGUGGGCUCCCGUCCUGGACUUCCCCCCGGGGGCCUCCUACGGCUCGCUGGGGCCGCACUCCUUCAUCAAGCAGGAGCCGAGCUGGAACGGCUCGGACCCGCACGAGGAGCAGUACCUGAGCGCCUUCACCGUCCACUUCUCCGGCCAGUUCACGGGCACGGCCGGGGCUUGCCGCUACGGGCCCUUCGGCGCCCCGCCGCCCAGCCAGCCGCCCUCCAGCCAGGCGCGGAUGUUCCCCAACGGGCCCUACCUGCCCAACUGCCUGGAGAGCCAGCAAGCGAUCCGCAACCAGGGUUACAGCACCGUGGCGUUUGAUGGGACCCCGAGCUACGGCCACACGCCGUCGCACCAUGCUGCGCAGUUUACGAACCACUCUUUCAAGCACGAGGACCCCAUCAGCCAGCAGACCUCGCUAGGUGACCAGCAGUACUCGGUGCCUCCCCCGGUGUACGGCUGUCACACCCCCACAGACAGCUGCACGGGCAGUCAGGCCCUGCUCCUCCGGACCCCCUACAACAGUGACAAUUUAUACCAAAUGACCUCACAGCUUGAAUGCAUGACAUGGAAUCAAAUGAACUUGGGAUCUACAUUAAAGGGCCAUACAGCAGGAUAUGAAAAUGAGAACCACAGUGCUCCUAUGUUAUACAGCUGUGGGGCCCAAUACAGAAUACACACCCAUGGAGUUUUUAGAGGCAUACAAGAUGUCCGACGGGUGCCAGGAGUAGCUCCAACUAUUGUCCGAUCAGCAAGUGAGACAAAUGAAAAGCGUCCCUUCAUGUGUGCGUACCCUGGCUGUAACAAGCGAUACUUUAAGCUGUCCCAUUUACAGAUGCACAGCAGAAAGCACACUGGUGAAAAACCCUAUCAGUGUGAUUUUAAGGACUGUGAACGAAGAUUUUCUCGUUCAGACCAACUCAAACGGCACCAAAGACGACACACAGGUGUGAAACCCUUCCAGUGUAAAACCUGUCAGAGAAAGUUCUCCAGAUCUGAUCACCUGAAGACUCAUACCAGGACUCAUACAGGUAAAACAAAAAUUUCAGCUUGGCAAAAUAUAUUUUCUCAACUAUUGUGAAAUGAACAUCAUGGUCUCAACCCACAAACGUGAAGCUGGUCUACUGCUUUACUGCAAAAACCUACAAGACAGAAGUUUUAAUUCUAGCUUCAGCCUAAGGUCUGUAAUCUAAAGUAUUCAUACCUACUCAUGCUUCCCCUAAGUGUCAGUUGAGCCUAAUGCAGGAUAUCAUAGCAAAGCUCCUGUUGUUGCUUCUUGCACUGUAAUCUCUUCUCUCCUGAAGAUAAAAAGAGUGCCUCUUGCAAACUCACACUGACAGACACUAAAGUAAAAGCUUACUCAAAUAUUCAAGGACCUUUUUGUAGAAACUGUAGUAUUUCAUAUAAAUACAGAAAAAAGAUAGGAGGCCAUUUUAGUCUAUUCUGCACUCACAUAAAUGUAAAGACCAUUAAGGAGCAACUGCAGCAACCUCUGUAUUUUAGUUGUAACUUUAGAAUUGUUCUUACGAAUAAACGUUUUCUAUUCCCUCACAGUACAUAUGCAGUAUUUUUAUCAAGUCGGUUUUUUUACCAAACACUUUGACAUGCUAACUUAGUUUAAAAAGAAUUGAGUUUAUUUUUGUCAGGAAAUAAUUUCCCUUCUCUCUUAUUAGAUGCCAGAGUGUUUUCUAUACUAAGAUUAACCUUUUAAAACAUAUCUCUGCACUGGUAGACAAGGAGCCUGAAAAUCUUUUUCUCCCUGCUAAGUAUUCUUUUGUUCUCUUGCGGACCAUAAGAAAUGCAUGUUUAAGACUUUCAGAAAUAAAUAAGAAAUUUUCAUAAAGGACAUGAUUCACCUGAGAAUAACGGGACUUUCUGUGGAGCCAGCCAAAGAAAUGCCUCAAGUAAUGGCCAUAUCUGCACCUGCAGUCUGCAAAUGGUAACGGACAUGGCUGUAUUCCUGGGUUCUCCCCAGAGUCUCGUGCUGAGCUGCAGGGCCUGGGUCUGCGUGCAUGUGCACAAAGAAAGAUAUUUUCUUCAUCAAUAAGAGCUGACAUUCCCAUAGAGACAAAAUGGCGAGCAGGUUUUCUCAUGUCAGCCAGUCAGGAUAAACUAUGUUUCCCAUCACAUUUCACUGCUGACUGAUCUGCUAAUUCAUGUGAAGAUUCCAGAGUGUCCUGACUUCAGCAAAGUUUUUUUCCAGGUUACCUAAAUCAGGGAAGAACUCGCUCUCUUUUUUUCUAGUGAAACUAAUCUCUCUGUUUUAGUCCUUUCUUGUGGUCCAAGCUCAAACUGCACUCAUCGCUGAAAACAGCUGCGCUUGAGGGCCAAUAACUGCGUAGCACAGACCUUCGCGUAGGCUUGCUGCCUGCCACCAGCUCUGGUUGUGUGCAAACCCUGCAGCCCUGCUCUGCUGCUGUUGGCCAUUUUGGCUGCAUCAUACGUCUUUGACUGUAAAACAGACAUACCCUGAGGGGAAAGAGCACUAGUGAUGGCUGGGGAUUUUUCGUGUCCAGCUUGCCCUGUAGCUUCGUUCCUCUUUUUCUGCUGUACACCUUAAGUUUUGUAACAAAACAUCUAGCUCAAGUUAACUUGCUCCAUGUUAAAUCUUGGUGAAACAAAGCACACAAAACUUUUGUCUUCUGUGGGCCUAAUUUUAAGUGUACUGUAAAACUAUUUGGUAAACUACAAAUUCAGGGUUUCCACAAGGAAGUUACUUAACUGUGAUAGCAGUCUUUGCUCUAGAAAACAACAACAAAAUCAAAAGAAAACUCCACACAUCUAGUUUUUUUAGCAAUAGAAAUAUGAUUUCCAAUAUCUGUGCAGUGAAGCUGUAUGGAGUAAUCUGUGCCUGGCACGGGAUUAGUAGAGAUUGCUGCCCCCUGUUGCAAGAGGAGAACCAGAACUGCUUGUAAGGCAGCACAGCUCCGUGCUGCCUUUACUGUGGUAGUUCAGUGAAAAACUAGCCAGUAAUAGAUAACUCACAUCAGUUCACAGGAUGAUUUGGCUAAUGCUGCUGAGAUGAAAGGACACCACUUUAUGAAAUCUGUGAUUCUUAUCAGUAGUUGUAACCAGAUCAGCUUUGUCCCAUACUGUUUUAUGCACUCAUGUGAGAUGGUUGAUGCUUUUGCAAGCAUGUAUGUUAAGUGGAUAAAGUAGAUUUUUAACCCCUGCGCCCAUUUAUAUAAUCUGUUUAUUGCAUGGGAUUUU